UAGAUAUUUCGCAUGAUUUGGCGUGUGCAACAGAUAGCCAAGAUUUGGAAGUGAGGGAGUGGAUCUAAUGAGGGGCGGAGAAAGGCCCAGAGAACGAUGGCAGUGAACUACAAACAUGACUGUCGUAUCUCUGGUAAUGUAUGCCCUGGCCAAUGCAGUCAUGUUUCUUCUGUAUUGGCUGUAUCAGAGGAACUCCACACAAAAAUCAGACACGGAUGAUCAGACGGACGAUUCAGCCAGCAGACGUAAAAGGCUGAAGAGGAAGCCAUCCCUCUUCACAAUGCUUGGUCUGGACGUAGAAAUCCACAAACAUUACUACGCCAUUGAUGAUCAUUUUCGAUCGUUUUCGGAGGUUAGUGAUGCUUGUAAGAGGGCAGGACUAGAACACUGUGGAUUAAUUGUUGGUGUGGAUUUCACGGCUAGUAACGAGUGGCAGGGAAGAAAGUCUUUCAGUGGAAAUUGUCUGCACAAAAUUGUGCAUGGCAAGAUAUAUAACCCUUAUCAAAAAGUAAUCUCUAUCAUAGCUCAAACUUUAGAACCUUUUGAUGAUGAUAACUAUAUUCCUGCCUAUGGAUUUGGUGACACCAAAACAUUAGGAGAUUCUGUGUUUCCCUUUGUCAGUGAUGAUUCUCAGUGUAAGGGGUUCUCAGAGGUGUUGGACCGAUACAGUGAUAUUGCCACUAAAGUGAUGUUCAGUGGGCCAACAAAUUUUGCACCCAUCAUUCAUAAAGCAAUAGAAAUAGUGAAAGCUUCCCAUAAGUAUCACAUACUUAUAAUAAUAGCUGACGGACAGGUCAAUGAACAACAGAAGACAGUGGACGCUAUCGUAGAGGCCUCAGACUACCCCCUCAGUAUAGUGGUGGUGGGGGUGGGAGAUGGCCCCUGGGACACUAUGGACGAGUUUGACGACUGCCUUCCCAACAGAAAGUUUGAUAAUUUUCAGUUUGUGGAUUAUCAUUCUGUGACAUCUAAAGUCAAGCAUCCCGAUGCAAAUUUUGCCCUUCAUGCACUUAUGGAAAUACCACUUCAGUACAGGACUAUCAAAAAGCUGGGCUAUAUUGACGAGUACACAAAUGGUUCUGUUAUAAAUAAGAAACAUACAGAUGUAUAAGAUUGAUGAAUUUAAUGUGUCUUGGGGAAUAAAUCAUGGUGCUUCUUAUUGAUUUAGUAGAAUAGCUUCCAUUCAUAAAAGUCACAUUUGAAAUUGAUUCAAUUGAAGGUGCAAAUUUGGAACAUUUUUUUUUUUUUUAUAAUUAUAGCUAUGCACCAUGAUGUUGUCAAGAUAUCAGUUAUUUCAAUUAGCCUUCAUGAAUAUCAUUAAUUUGGCCGGUAUAUGAAAUAAUCAAGAUUAAAAUUUCCCUCUGUUUAUAAUUAAAUUGUGUUUUGCUUAUUUUUAUUUACCGGGUAGUUUUUGUGGAAGAUCUGUUUAAUUUCUCUUUAAGACAUGACACAUAGAACUGACACAUACUGAUUGCGUAAUCAAAAGACUUCAAUAUUUAUCACAUUGUUUUUUUUGUUUGUUUUUUGUUUAUUCUGGUGUGAUGUUAUAUUUAUGAAUUUUCUAUCGCUGUGUUUUAUCCAUCCUCAAAUAUAUGUCAAUGUGUAUUUUGUUCAGUGUACAUUUUAAUGUUAGUACAUACAUGUGUUUAUUUAUGAUUUAGCCAUGUACAUAUGCUACAUGUAUAGUCAAUGGGCAAAAAUGAAUACUUUUUGUAAUCAGGGUAUGAUAACUGACUGAAAUGAAACUAAAAUUUCAGUAUUGCAUUUUUUUCUUGUUCAUGGAGUCUAACAAAAAGAAUAGUGACACAAUUUUUCCAAGUUGUACUUAAUUUUUUUUUAUUGUAUUAUGAAAAAGAAGAAUUGAAUAGUUGUUUUCAAUGUUCAUUUUCUAAACAAUUAAAGAACAGGGAUUUUUCAUCUGUUUUCAGAAUGCCCUCUUCCCCCUUUUUUUGAAAAUCAAUCUUGAUGACAUGUAUUAUUAUUCUGUGAAUUUCACAGUGAGUUAUUUGAUUUUAAGUGUGAUACCAGCUGAUGCAGUUAAUUGUGAAAAAUAAGAAGGAAGAAUUUUAAAACCUCAAACUUCCAGAUGAUUUUAUCUGGUAAAACCAGUAUUAAAUCGUAUUUUGAUAUUCUGAAGGAAACAAAUGCUUUACUUUUUUUGUUCACUGUCAUAAAAAAUUCUCUUAACUAAUGGAUAAAAAAACAAACAAACAAAAUACAUAUGCUGUUUAAAUAUUCCAAAGACUGAUUAAUAUGUCACUGUUCCAUCAUCUGUGGUAUUCUUAAAUAGAGUAUUCAGCAAUAAUUUGCUCAAAUUGUUUUAGAGGGUGGGUUUACAGUAUCCAAAAAGGGGGCAUCUGUACUGACAGUCUGUCAGUCUAUACAGUUAGCUCCCUUGGCAAAAGUUAAGGAUUGAACAUGUAUUGAUAUUUUUCAGUGGAUUUACAAAUAAGGAGAGUUAAAUUGCAUUUGUAGCAGUUAUCAUUGAUUGAAGUUUUAAGCAAAACUGUAUAUUAUAAUAAUAUUGAGAAAUAAGCAUACAGAUGUAAAUCUUGAUUUCUAGCAGCCUCAGUGAUAAGUUCAUUGUGCAUACAUCAAUAUUUAAUUUAUAUUUUAAACUUUAUAACUUAUGCAUUUGAAGUUUCUCAGGUACUGCAAAAUAUCAACAUUCCUUUCUGUUGGUCUCAAAAGAAUUAGCUUUAAUACAUGAAGUACUUAACAUGCUUAAGAAGCAAUUAUUUAUAUUUUGUGAUGUAAACAGUCAACCACUUUAUUGUGUGUUCAUAUUUGGGUACUUACUGCUGAUCAAUGUAGACAUUUUUAUGAUAUAUCUUUAGGUAAGUAAAAAUUAUGUAUUGUAUUAAUGAAUAUAUAAGUAAUUUGCUACAUUUUUGGUCCUAAUAAAUUGCUAUUUGGAAAUAUAUUUUAAAAAGUUCUUUAUACAUAUAUAUUUGUAUAGCCCAUAGUAAACUGAUUAUAUUUUCAUGUACAUGUAUAAUGCAAACAUUUUAUUAAUCAGUAGAAUGGGUUUUAAAUGGUUUUCUUUAGCUGUAGAUAUUUCAUGUACAUUAUUUUCACAAGGAGAGGAAUUCUGUCAUGCAUUCCAAAAGGUGACAUUUCUCCUCUUUUGUGAUGGGAUUAUUUUGUUGCUUUUUUACUUUAGAUUUAUUUUCUUUGCAUUGUAAAUCAGGUCUUGUUAUUUGCCAUUGAAAAACAAAUAUUUACCCAUGUAAUUGUUUUUUUAAUUGUGUUCAUGUUAAGCCUCAGAUUUGUUAUUUAUGUUAUCUUCUAUAAAUAAAACAAUCGUUGCU